AUGCGGGGUUACCACGCAGCAGCGUGUCCCUGCCACGAGCCGACAGUGACAUCUAGUGACUCCAAAACACCCCAAAACGUCCCCGAAUAUGAAAUCGUCCCGUAUUCCCAAACUCGUGUCAGCCGCCUGAUUGACGAAGAGCUGAGCCGAGGGAAGGGCUUGUUCGCCACCAAGAACAUCCGCAAAGGGGAAACCGUCUUUGUGGAGAGGCCAGUGGUGUCAUCCCAGUUCCUCUGGAACGCCCUGUACAACUACCGAGCCUGUGAUCACUGCCUGCGGGCUUUGGAGACGGCAGAGGAGAACGCCCAGCGGCUGCUGGGGAAGAGCUCGCUGGUGCUGCCUCACCCGGAGCAGUGUGGUAUCCGGAAAGACCUGCACCAGCAGUGUCCCCGGUGCCAGGUGACGUACUGCAGUGCUGAAUGCAAGCAGGCCGCUUUGGAGCAGUACCACCAGGUCCUCUGCCUUGGCCCGUCCCGUGACGACCCCACGCACCCCCUCAACAAGCUGCAGGAGGCAUGGAGGAACAUGCAUUAUCCACCAGAGACUUCCAGCAUCAUGUUGAUGGCCCGGAUGGUCGCCACUGUCAAACAGGCUAAAGACAAGGAGUGGUGGAUCAAGGCCUUUUCCCAGUUCUGCAGUAAGACAGCAAACGAAGAAGAGGAGAUUGUGCACAAGCUGCUGGGAGACAAAUUUAAGGGCCAGCUGGAGCUGCUGCGGUUGCUCUUCACCGAAGCCCUUUACGACGAAUAUCUCAGCAGGUGGUUCACUCCAGAAGGCUUUCGAUCCCUCUUUGCCCUCGUUGGGACCAAUGGCCAAGGCAUAGGAACAAGUUCUCUGAGCCAGUGGGUGCAUGCUUGCGAUGCGCUGGAUCUCCCCAUGCUGCAGCGAGAGGAGCUGGAUGCCUUCAUCGACCAGCUCUACAAGGACAUUGAGAAGGAGUCAGGAGAGUUCCUCAACUGCGAGGGAUCAGGUCUCUACGUGCUCCAGAGCUGCUGUAACCACAGCUGCAUCCCCAAUGCCGAGACGUCCUUCCCAGAAAACAACUUCCUCCUGCAUCUGACGGCUCUGGAGGACAUCGAAGCAGGAGAGGAAAUCUGCAUCAGUUAUUUAGACUGCUGUCAGAGGGAGCGGAGCAGACACAGCCGCAACAAGAUACUCAGGGAGAACUACUUGUUUACCUGCUCCUGUCCCAAGUGCCUAGCGCAAGCUGACGAUGCUGACGUGACAUCGGAUGAAGAGGAGGAGGGCGAAGGGGAGACGGAUGAUGCUGAGCUGGAGGACGAGAUGACUGACGUUUGAUCCUGGCUCCGGGCAAGAGGAGAGGGAAGGGACGGGGGGGUCCUCCGAGAGGCAGCAGCUUUAAUACUAGAAACAGGGUUGUGUUGUGGGGUUGGGUGGGAGGCCACGUGCCAGUGGUGGGUGCGGAGGUCUGGUGGAGUAGGGCAGCGGGGGAGCCGGAGGCAGGCCCUGCUCCCGCCUGUCCUUGUUGUGUGCUGUGCGUGUGUGUGCGUGUGUAUGUGUGUGUGCCAGGCUGUCCCUGUUCUCCCUGUGAGGACAGGUUGUAAGCUGGUGGCCUCCUGCCGUGUCCCGGUCCCCAGAGGGGC